GUUGAAUCUAAAAACUAAUUUGUCAAGCCUUUAAUUUACACAAAACUAGUAGCAAACUUAUUCGUCAACACACUCAAUUUUGGUGAUAUUUUUCAAUAAUGGCAUAGGGACCCAAAGCGAUGUGAAGUAAAAGCAUGAAGCUUCUCUCUAUUUAAAGCCUUAAGCCGAAUGUGGACACUAUUUCUCUUUAGUCUCUCUACGGAACCUGUCUUCCUGUCUUGUCCAAAAUCGGAUUUUUAAGAGUACAAGUGAGUUAUUUGGUGGCCGAAAUCAGUCCUGGAGACCUCAGCAGCAAGAUGAAGCUAAUUGAUCGAAGAAUGAGGUUAACGGAACUGCUCUUACGAUGCUCCAUCAGUGUCUUCGCUCUCCUCGCGCUUAUUCUGGUUGUUACUGACACUGAGGUCAAGCUAAUCUUCACUAUCAAGAAGACGGCCAAGUACACCGACAUGAAGGCGGUUGUGUUCUUGGUGGUGGCUAAUGGGAUAGCUGCGGUUUAUUCUUUGUUGCAAUCAGUUCGUUGCGUAGUGGGUACGAUGAAAGGAAGGGUUUUGUUUAGUAAGCCUCUUGCUUGGGCCUUUUUCUCUGGUGAUCAGGCGAUGGCGUACUUGAAUGUGGCAGCCAUUGCAGCGACAGCAGAGUCUGGUGUGAUUGCAAGAGAAGGAGAGGAAGAUUUGCAAUGGAUGAGAGUGUGCAAUAUGUAUGGCAAGUUUUGCAACCAAAUGGCUAUAGGAGUCUCCAGCGCGUUGUUAGCCUCCAUUGCUAUGGUUUUCGUCUCCUGCAUUUCUGCUUUUAGUCUCUUCCGCUUGUACGGUGCCACCAGAGACCGCAGAACCACACCUUGGUGAAGUUCUUGCGCUUUGUCUUCUUUACUAGUGUUGAAUGUUGUUGUUAAAAAAACAAAUAGUAAAAAAGUGUAGGCCCUUGUUGGUUCUUCUUCUUCUUCUUGAUAAUGUUAUAUGUGACAAACAAUAUGUAAAACUAGACUAUUGAUGUUCUGUGUCAAUGUGCCAUAUGCUGUGAUCAAAAACAAGACUUAUUGUUGAGCAAA